GGGGGUAGCUGGCACUCUCCUGCUGAAUGCGCUAGACAGCAGUGGGGCUCCAGUUGGCUGUGUGCGCUCAGACGCACAGACGCAAGCAUCCCACUGGCUGGAGUUGGAGGACACUCGCCUGUUUGGCUUCCACCGCUGCUCUGAUUACUGAUCCCUUGUCUUUGUCUCCCGGCGGUGAGAAGACCACCCGCACGGGAGGAAAAGAAAGAAAGAAAAAUAAUCGCUUCUUUUGUAUAGACUACUUAGAGCCCGAUAAACUGUACCGAAGCGGGACUGGACACUCUUUUAUUUGGAGGGGAAAUUAUUUCUCACACGAGGCGAGCUGGAUCUGGUUUUGUACAGCGGAGCGCACACCGACUACGUCUUUUCAAUGGAUUUCAGUACAGUGGAAGUACCCUGGGAAUUAAACUACUGUUAAGUCGCCUUUAGUUCGCAAAUUUCGUUCCAAUAAGGGUUUAUGUUUCAGAUGGAGAGGAAGACAAUGAUCCUCUCAGUGUUGUAUGUCCUUCUGCCUCUUUUAGAUGUGCUGUCGUACGCCGAGGAGAACGUGCGUGCUGGGGCCACCCGGCUGGACUGUGUGCGGGCCAGUGAUCAGUGCAUGAAGGAGCAGGCGUGCAGCACCAAGUACCGCACGAUGAGGCAGUGCGUGGCCGGCGGCAAGGAGAGCAACUUCAGCAUGGUGGCCGGCCUGGAGGCCAAGGACGAGUGCCGGAGCGCCAUGGACGCGCUCAAACAGAGCCCGCUGUACAACUGCCGGUGUAAAAGGGGCAUGAAGAAGGAGAAGAACUGCCUGCGCAUUUACUGGGGGAUCUAUCAGACGUUACAAGGUAAUGAUUUCUUGGAGGAUUCUCCAUAUGAACCCAUGAACAGCCGUCUAUCUGACAUUUUCCGCCUGGCUCCCAUCAUGGAGGGUGGGGAACCGUGGAGCAGCUCCGCCACUUCGGCUCCAGGCAGGGGGGGUGCCCAGGGCAGAGAGCCCGCACUGGGCAGAGGGAGCCCCUCCUCCACGGAACUUCAGGAUCCGAGUAGAAACAGGAGAGCUCAUCCCAAUUGGGCCAUACUGGGUGAGCCUGCAGUGGCCAGAGAGAACAACUGUCUGAAUGCUGCCAAGGCCUGCAACCUGAAUGACACGUGUAAGAAGUACCGCUCAGCCUACAUCAGCCCCUGCACCAGCCGCGUCUCCACUGCUGAAGUCUGCAACAAGAGGAAGUGCCACAAGGCCCUGCGGCAGUUCUUUGACAAGGUUCCUCCGAAGCACAGCUAUGGCAUGCUGUACUGCUCAUGCCCGCUCAGCGACCAGACAGCAUGUUCAGAACGCAGGCGUCAGACCAUCGUCCCUGUCUGCUCGUACGAAGAAAAACAGAAACCCAACUGUCUCGAACUGCAGGCCUCCUGCAAGACCAACUACAUCUGCCGGUCACGACUGGCUGACUUCUUUGUCAACUGCCAGCCAGAGCCUCGCUCGCUGUCGGGCUGUCUGAAGGAGAACUACGCAGACUGCCUCCUCUCAUACUCAGGUCUGAUUGGUACCGUGGUGACUCCCAACUACCUGCGCUCGCCCAAAAUCAGCGUCUCCCCCUACUGCGACUGCAGCAACAGUGGCAACAACAAGGACGAGUGUGACAAGUUCACCGAGUUUUUCACCGAGAACACCUGCCUCCGUAAUGCCAUCCAGGCCUUUGGCAAUGGGACAGAUGUGGGAGUGUGGCAGCCGAUGUCCCCCGUCCAGACCACCACCUCCACCACCACCCCCUACAAGAGAAACCGCGAACGCAACCCCAACACCAUCGACAACAACAUCAACACAGACCCUGGCAUCUACCACUUCUGUGGCAGCCUACAGGCUCAGAAAUUGAAGUCAAACUCAUCUGUUGAUGGCGUCUUCUGUGUGGACACUCAGAUAGACGGUUCGAGUACAUCAAACGCCAUCCUGAGGAACUCGGCUGUCUCCAGACGGCCUGCAAGCCUGGCCUCGCUGCUGCCCCCGCUGCUCUGGCUCUGGUACUACCGCCCGCUGGCGCUCUCCUCGCCAGCCGUCUUGUAGCCUCGCCGCUUCACAGCAACAAACUACAACGGACUGACAAACACACAUUUGUAUAAAAGAAAAAGCAAAAUGAGAAAUGAUAUCCUUUCUUCUCAGUAAUACCUGUUGUACUUUUAUUUCCCUCUGGAUUCUAUCUCUCUUUGGAUUCCUACUUUGUUUUUUUUUAUGAAUUUUGUUUGUUGUUGUUUUUUUUGCAUUGCAGCUGUGUGCUAAAACGGUGAUCUAUACGUGUUAACUCAGUUUGGCUGUGUGUUCCCUUUGGGUUAGUUGAAAAAUGAAAAGGGAUUUAAAGCUUCUGUGCUGCUCUCUUUGGGCCGAAAUGAGAAAACGCUCGAGGACUACAUUCCAAUAAACCACAGCUGGUGGCUGUUGGAAAGGUACAUACAAUGUAAGUUUUACACAGUCGUCAAGUUGGUUUCCACCCACGUCUGUUUGUGUGUUGAGGCUAUAGGUGGGAUCUUUCGCUCAAAAGUCACAGUCAGUUCGGCGCCGGCUACAUUUUAAUCACUCGGGCAGCCUUCUAGGUGUUAUUCAGUCUCCUCUGUGGUUUGUGUAUGUUUUGAUAAUGACGUGAUCUGGUAUUUUACAUUUUUACGAAAGCUCCACGUGGAUAUUUACCUUACACCAAUAACUUGAAACAUCAGAGAAGUUCGAACAUCUGCGCCUCAAAGCGUCUCUACUGUAGCUCAUACUGAUUGCUCACACAUCGCCGCUGGCAAAAGCACACAGGCAAAGACCCACAAACACACACUGCACAUUUUCACACAUUCAGACACAAACACAGAAAGACACACAGCGCCAGGCUUUCUGCUCCCCCUUUUAUUUUUUUUUAUUUUAUUUUUUUUUUUACACCUUUUCGUAAACGGAGUGAUACUCUGAGAUCACAGGACAGUAGGUCAUACGCUGCUGUGGAUGGCUAAAUCCACUCCACUCAUUAGUGAUUGUACAUACUUGUAAUUGUUAGAAGUCCGAGCCAUGUUCAGGGUUUCUGUAUGGAAGGUGACGGAGAAGCUGCUGCAGUUUCAUCUGAAAGAUUUAUUUCUUCUUCUGAUGUGCUUUGCUGCACUGCGUCCACAAAACAAGAGCUGAGGGGGGGGGGGAAACAAGCUCAUUGUUGUAGAGUUGUAAUUCACGCCUCCAUCACGCCAAGGCUUAAAGCAUCCUUUUCUGUCAGUUCAGUGUUACGACUUUUUGCCUCAAUUGUGAAACUGUCAACACGUGUUUGGGGAGGGAGCAGCUCGCUUGAUAUUAUGUAUUUGCUGAGCUUCUACAGCCCUUACUUCCUCUCAUUGCAACUGUCGAGUGUUUUAUUCUAGUACAGCAUCGAUUGGGAACUUUCUCCAGCUUCACCAGAGGACUUUUUAAUCGUUUACGGCUGACUUGUUGAAAAUAUAAUCCCUGAAUAAGGGUUUUUUGUUAUGCAUAACCCUGUAACCUAGAGGUGUGAAUCUUCACUGAUCUCCCGAUUCGAUUACGAUUAUCACGUCAGUGAUUCAAUUCGAUUCGAUAUCUCGAUGCAUCACGAUGCGUCAAAUACAUUUUUCUAUU